UUUGGCGCCAAAUUUCGACAACAUAAUGACAGAUAUUUCCAAAUACGAUGCAGCUUUUCUACCUGAUUUACUUCCUAUGUACUACAAAAAGUUGUUUCCAUAUGGUUUAUAUUAUCGAUGGUUAAACUAUGGAGGAGUCCCCAAAUCCUACUUCACCAAUCGAGAGUUUUCUUUCACCCUAAAAGAUGAUGUAUAUAUAAGAUAUCAGUCCUUUACUGACCAGCAAGAAAUGGAGAAAGAAAUUCAGAAGAGAUGUCCAUAUAAAAUUGACAUUGGUGCAGUGUUUUCACAUAAGCCUAAAGAACACAAAACUGUGAAAGCUGCAGCAUUUCAGGCCCAAGAGAAGGAACUCGUAUUUGACAUAGACAUGACAGAUUAUGAUGAUGUGCGGACAUGUUGUUCAGGAGCAGAUAUUUGUGACAAGUGUUGGCCCCUGAUGCAGAUUGCAGUAAAAAUCCUAGACAGAGCAUUAGAAGAGGAUUUUGGAUUCGAACACAGACUCUGGGUAUAUUCUGGACGACGUGGAGUCCAUUGCUGGGUGUGUGAUGAAACAGCACGAAAACUCUCUCAGAAUGGAAGAACAGCUGUGGCUGAGUAUCUUAGUCUUGUCAAAGGUGGUGAACAUCAGAAUAAAAAAGUCAAUCUGGAUACUCCAACUCUUCACCCAUUUAUCAGCCAUUCCUUAGAAAUUGUCAAGGCCAGAUUUGAGGAUUAUGCUGUGAAGAAGCAGGAUUUUUUGGGUGAUGAUGAAAGACGGAAGAAAGUCUUAUCAUUAAUAACAGAAGAAAAAUUAAGAUCUCCAUUGGAAGAAAAUUUUGAAAAGGAAUUUGAUGGUGCAGUUUCCAAAACAGCGUGGGAUGUUAUGAAAAAAUAUGUAAAAAAUGAGUAUCAGAAUAAGUUUAAAGGAUCUAAAUAUGUACUGGAGGAGAUAAUGCUACAGUACUGCUACCCUCGACUGGACAUUAAUGUCAGCAAAGGAGUCAACCAUUUAUUGAAGAGUCCUUUCUGUGUUCACCCCAAGACAGGUAGAGUGUGUGUUCCAUUUGAUCCCAAGAAAGUUGAUGACUUUGACCCCAUGAGUGUCCCUUUGAUAAGUGAUAUUUUGGAAGAACUAAAUUCAACUGAGAAGGAAGACUCGAGCAAGAGGACGAAAGAUUUUAACCGAACAUCAUUGAAAGACUGCAUCCAGGUCUUUGAGAAGUUUGUGAAAAAGCUAGAGGAAACUUGGAAGGGAAAGGGAAAGUUCAUAGAACAGAGUGAUAUGACAAUGGAGUUCUAGGACUACACAGGAGACUGAUGAAUGUGUAUUUAUUUUAACAACCAAGUAUUUACAACAUGGACAAAAACUGAUAUGUAUGUACAUUUUGCAGUAAACAGGGCCUAUGAGGUGACUGUACAUUAGGCAAGCUUAAAAGAUUCUUUGUUUGCAGUUGCCAAUCUAUAAUUUUUAGAGUGGGUAGGU